AUGGAAGGGACCUUCCUGACUCUGACGCCUUGGUCGCGCCGCAAUGCGUAUGACGAGGAUGGAAGGGUCUGGUAUGAGGAGUGCAUCUCGACCAGAUUUAUUCGGCCUAUUGAAGAGGCCGUGAGGGCGGCCCUGACGAAUGCAGAUUGGGACCCUCUCACCCCCAAGGGCAGCAACGUGAAGAAGGUAUCAGCUGGGCUGCCUCGGUCAAGUGCCCCGGCCGUGGUCACCCCCAGGGUACCGGCCCCUCCCUUGGCUAGAUCAGCGGCCGUGGCUUCCACCGCGGCCCCAUCAUCGACCAUGGCCCCAGCUCCCAGGGUGACGCCUGUGGUGGGGGUUCGCAAGACGCUGGCGCAGAGGACCGUGCCGGCCUCCCCAACGUCUCGACCAUCCACUGCUGCUGCCUCGGGUCGCAAGAGGAGUCGAGAGACGUCAGGUACUGAGGCCGCGCCAGCCCAGAGUGCCGCGGUCGAGAUGGCGGCCGUGCAGCGGCCGAGGAAGAGGACCCUUUUUACCUCCUCGGAGGGCAGAGGUGAAGAGGAGGCUCCUUCCGCGACUGACGUGGUAAUAGUCGAGGAGGAGGUCGAGGUACCGUCCAUGACGGAAACGGCUGUUGCCCAUAUGGUGGCCGAAGAAGUGGGAGGGGCAACGGUUGAGGAGGCGGCCGCUGCCGACGAAGGGGCCGAGGCGCAAGAUGCUGAGAUGGCGCCCGCAGAGGUGCCGCCCGCCGAGGAGGCUGCAGAGGGGGCGACCGAAGAGAUCGCCGAGGAAGUCGCCGAAGAGGCCGCUGAGGGAGCUGCCGAAGAGGCUGCCGACGAGGGUGGCGAGGAGGCCAAUGAAGAGGCCGCUGAGGAAGUAACCGAUGAGGCCGCCGAAGAACCUGCUAUGGACGUGCCAAGUAGGCCUUUGACGUCCACCCCUCGUCGCCCAAGCGGCAUCUCCUUUCGCUCGCCUCCCCAAUCGUCGCCGCUGCUGGCCAUGGUUGCCGCGACCAUGCCGCCUAUGCCGUCGUUCCAGGACCCAACGGUCGUGGCCGAGCCAGUGAUGACUAGAGCCACGGUCGUGAGUGUGCCUAGCCUCCUGCGAACUACUUCGGCGGUGAUGACCGACCUUUCGCUCCCCGAAACCACCUCCUCCGACGAUCUUGAUGAGUUAUACGCCAGCCUCCAUGAGGAAGGGGGAAGCUCGACCUCGGCUCCUCUGGACGAGGAUUCCAAGACCGUCAUUGAAUGGCUCCGGGAGUUCCUUCUCCUUUAUGUUCGGCAGAUGACCGCUGCUGGGUCGAUUUCGGACUUUAGGUCCUGCUUGGAUACGGCCAUGGCGCUCGGUCUACUCGACUCGGCUCAACUGGAUGAACUGCAAGCCCGUCUGGCCGAAGGCGAGGAGAUGAUCGGCCGGUAUGCUGAAGCCGUCACGCGGAUGGCCGAGGGGAGCUCGCUCGAGCAGGAUCUGGAGGCGAUUAAAGAACAAGUUCAUCCUGCAAUGGCUCGAUUGAAAGAAAAUGACCUCGUCGUCCAACGAGAGAAUGAAGAGCUUGCGGAGGUUGAGGCCCAGAUUACCGAGCUCCAGGCUCGCCGAGAUCUCAUCCUCCAACGCCGAGAUGGCGCGGUCGCGGCCGGAAGCGAGCUGAAAUCCUCGGCCAAGCGAAUCCUCAAAGCAGCGACUGAGACGAAGAAGGCCCUGGCCGAGCGGAAGCUGAUUCGAGCGAGAUGGCAGGCGGACAUCAACGGUGGGGACAUCGCUUGGAGAAGGAUCACCUGCCUGAUCUGGGGGAUGUUCAGCGAAGGGGUCUAA